AAUGUCAAGAUAAACGUCAGUUACUUAGCAACAGUUACUACGCCAAAUAAACAUGCAAUCGUGCCAAUUUGCAUCAGAUAAUCAACCGUACAAUAUAAUUUAUUUAUACACAUUAAUUAAUCUUGAUUUACUUGUAUUUUGAAGUUAUACGUUUAUUCCACAAUGGACACCAACAAAACAGUCGGUAUCGCUCCAAGUCCGGAAUGUGUAAGAGGUGUCGUAGCGUGUCAGUGCGAAUUGGGUCGAGAAAAAAUACUCACUGCCCCACCUUACAAACGCGUGUCUUCACCACCAGCUGAUGAUAGCAAGACUCGACACCAAACCGCACCAUGUGCGAGGGAUCCGGAGCAAUACAAAUGCCCCAUUAGCCACAUUUUAAUAACAUUCAAAUCGCCAUUACAACCCAACGACGUGUUCAACAAGGUCUUCCCAGCAAAUACGCCAGUCAAAUUUGUGAAACGAAAAUUAGCCAAAUUACUCUGUGUAUCUAACAGUAAUCUUUUAUUAACAAAGAAUCGAACAGUUUUGAAAGAAACAAGUGUCUUGUCUGAUCUGAAAACCGAUGCUCUAGGUAAUCUUAAUAUUGAUGUGUUCACGAAGGAUUCAGAAGAGUUUAAUUUGUCCGCAAUACCCAAAGAGUCCUAUGUCCACGAACUUCUCCAUGCAGUUAUACCGAAAAAGAAAAGCAUGCCAUUUAUAGCAAUCAAGUUUCAAGUUCGAAAUCAAAACGGAACGUUUACUCGCUCGUAUCAUUCCAUAAUGAAAGUGCAUGAAAUUAAAAAGAAUUUAGCUGGACUUUUUGAAGUAGAUCCUGACAAUCUGGUACUGCUGAGAGGGGAGCAACCCUUGAAGGAUCGAAUGGCUCUUUUGGAUUUAGACUAUGACAAGUAUGGAAUAGUGGAUGUAGAUCUACUAACGAAGAACAACGAGAAGUUAAACUUAGAAAAGCUAUACAAAGAGAUACCAAUUAAUGAUGUUUUAAGUGUAACGGUGCCGUUUGGUAGUACCGUGAGACAAGUAAAUGUUGAAAUAUUUUCAGAACUUAUUGAAAAGCCUUAUUUAGGCGGUUACAGAAAUGUACAAACAGGUGUGGUGUAUCAUCAUGCCUUUACUCAAACACCGCAAAAAACCGAAAAGUUACCGCCUGAAAAGAAAAAUUGCAGAGACACUCAAACUGCACAAGAACGCGAAAAAAUUUAUGAUACAGCCUAUAGCCGGGCUACACAAAUGAAUACAGUUCAUGCGUAUAUUCCAAACGUGACGGAUGUUAUAAUUGUGCCGAAACCAUACGAAACCUACGAGGAAAUGAUAAGACGUCUUAACCAUGAUCACUAUGCCUCGAUAAUACAACGAGCCUUCAAGCAUCAUCAGUUCAGACAGAAAGUUGAAAAAUGGUUGAAGUCGUGUUUGGAGAAAAUAGCAAGAAUGAAGGAGGAGGAACGAUUGGAAAGAGAUGCUAUGGAGAGACGUCUGCGUAGGGAUUUAGUAACUAAAACAUUUCCAAAAACACGCGAAGACUUUGAUCAGCUGUAUGCCAUGGUUGAUCGAUGGAAACACGCUGAAAUAGCAAGAAUAUCUCAGUUACACUCAAAAGGUCCUAAGAUUGCGGAGUUUACGUUGCUAUUAGACAAGGAGGUAGAGCUGCUCAGAUGUAUUGAAGCUUACCGAGUCAAAGUAAAAGAUGAUAGUCGCAAGACCAAAGAAAAACAAUUUCUAGACGAAAUAUCUAAACCCGUCACAUGGUACGGACGUGACGGAAAAUUAAUAUUAAUGGAAACGGUGGAGAUACAGAAGGCUAGGAAGCUAAGAGAACUUUAUAGUUCUUUUCUGAGGGACGAUAUGGAGGUUAAAGAACGAUUGGAACUUCUUGUUGAUAUGAAAUUCGCAUUGCAAGAAUUCAGUCAUCCGUUAGCAGACGAAAUAAUAUCACUUUUAGACAGAGAAUGUGAUCUUGUUGUGCGUCGCUGCAAUGACUAUCAACUUGAAUUCUUGCGACAAAGAGUGGCCGCCAGUGUGUUUCAAUUAAUAAAAACAUCUGAAUUGAAUUCUGGCGUCACUAAGUCUAAAGAUAUACGAGAUUACAGAAAGAUGCAGAAUAGCAGAUUGCACUUCUGCGAACUGUGCCAUCAAGUGAAACCUUAUUCAGAAUUUCCAUUGAAUGCAAAAAUGAGUGGUUUUCUCGUAUGCAUGUCGUGUUCCUGGAAGGAUGUGACGGAACGUAGCUGGAUAGACAUGACACCGUACAGAUUUAUCCUUCGAGCCGUGCAGCGCGAUGAACGACGUCGGAAGUGUUGGGGGUCGCUGGCCUUCGUGCUUCAGGAGAAGGAUAUAUUCUUCAUCGUGGAGAAACUAUGGCAUUCUCACUCGGCAAUAAGCGAGUGCAGCGACAUUACUGAACUCCGUCUCUGCAGGUGGUAUGUUACUGAGGACUGGUCGCCGUGGAACUGUUUCUUGGUCACGGUACAAGAGAUGAAGGCACAUUUAAAGCUCGAACAUCCUGAGGAAGUGUAUGACGAGGAACUUGUUCAGAAGGUCCAUAACAAACACAAAUUAGCCAAAGCUAACUUCGAGCAGUUAAUGUCUGUGAACAAACGGUUCACGGAGACAGGCGACUGGCAAGGAAUUCGCGCUCCGGCUGUUGCUAGAGAAGAUGCAGUAGAGAAAUUAAUAUUUUGAACACGCUUUUAAUCAAAGAAUAAUGAAACAAUACAAUAGUCUUGCACUCUAUUUGCGACUUAAGUUCGUUUACAAUUAGUGCUAAAUUUUAUGUCACGUUCAAGAAAUAGUAGGUACAUCUUACGGCCUAUGUGGUAAUGUAUAGUUACAUAGUUAUUAUUUAUUGAUUAAUCUUGGAAUAUGUUCGUAGUAUUUCACCACUUCAAAUCGAGCCACAUCUUCGCCGCGGUGCAAAAAUCCCGUGGUUAGAUUCUUAAAUAUUUUUUUUUCUAGUCUUACAUUGUAGAUGCCGUACCUAUUAUAGUAUGUUUAGAAUACACAGUCGCCCAAUUUUUAAAUUCUACAACGGCGUUUUGAAUCAUUUUCUAAUGCAGAUGGCAGAUUGGCUAAUUAGUAGCUUUAACGAAUGUGACCGAGGUCGUUGUUUCAACCGUGGAUAGGUAAAGAUAACGGCGUUGUUACACUGAAAAAUCGCGCCUCACUGUGAGAACGCUUGCAAUGCACCAGUGUGAUCAGGCCUUUAUCUUUACUUCACCAAUCAUAAACAGGCCGUAAUAUCAACUUUUGGUAGUUAGUUUUAGCUUAGCUGCGAGUUAUAGGGUUAUUUACAUAUUUUAAUUUAUUUAUCGUUAAAUAUUGUAUAAAAAUUGUUGAAAAUUAAAGAUUUACUCCUUA